AUGCCACCCAAGACGAAGAAAAAGCAGACGCGACUUGCUUUUACCUCAGUCGCCACAUCCACAAGUUCCGAGCAGAGCAGUCGAGAUUCUCGAUAUUCCACACUCACAUAUGACAAUCCAAGCUUGGGAAGUAACCGCCCAAAAAAUAUUGCGAAAGGCAAAUCUCAAGCUUCGUCCGAGAAGAAUCGCCUGAAGCUCUCUGACACUGAGCAAAUCUCUUAUAAUGACAAAAAUAAAUUCUCCAAGCAGGCCUCUCCCGGCGACCCAUUCUCCGAAGAACCCAUUAUACCCGCCUCUCAGAAGCAAAAGCAGCAUGCGCCACCUUUUACCAUCGAAGUGAAGACCAACAAAUUGCAAAAGGCUGAUUCGCGCCCAGGUUUGAAGAUGGUCAGCUCUAGGAAACCACAGCAAGCGUUGCAAUUUCCGCCGAAACAUACUGAAAACAAAGAUGACUCAAAGCUUUCUCAGCCCCGCCGGGUGCUGAAGCGAAAGGCAAUAAACUCACCAGUUGCUUUGAGUGAUUCUGAUGAACCAGUGGUCUCUUCAACUGCUUCAGCCGUCAAAAGACGCAAUUCCACUCGGAAUGUCAGGUCUUCAAACUCACCGGUCGUGGUCACUGAUGACGAUGACGAUGAGAACGACGUCGUGGCCCCUUCGACCGCCAAGAGGCGCAGGGCAAGACCGACGGUGGCAGUCAGCGAUGAUGAAGAUUCCGAUGAACCCGUCGCUUCUUCCCCUAUGAAGAGACUCCGACGCGGAAAUGAUGUGGAAACCCCUCAGACUCCCCGGACUCCCCGCCAUGCUUCCGAUCAGGCCAAGCUCGAUAUAGCGGAAGAUCUUGAGGAUCUGCAGGACUCAGUUGUCAAGAAGAGUCGAACUCGUGGUCGAAAUGUCGAAUCUGCACGCGACAAAAGGUUGAAGCAACUUGAAAUUCUGCGUCGCAGAAGAGCAGGUGUGAAAGAAGAAAGCGAUGGCGAAAAGGAAGAGGGAGAGGAAGAUGGAGGUGACUCAGACGUGGGAGAAAUUGAAGACCCUCGCAGUGAUGCCAGUCCAUCUAGAAAGGGACUCUGGAAGCACCACGACGAUGAUAGCGACGUGGAGUCGGCUAUUGACCCGAAUGAAGACCUUGACCGAUAUGAGGAUGACUUCGUUCUGGAAGACGAGAAGGAUGAUCUAGGCGUUCCUACGGAGGAAAUUCCUUUCGAAUUCACCCGCCAUGCAUACAAACAGCCGAAGGAAUACUUCCGAGAUGUUAUUGGCUGGAUGGUACAAAACAAACUCAACCCGGCCUUCCCUCGAUCUGAUGCCAUGUACGAGAUGGCAUUCAUGAAGCUCGAAGACGAAGUCAAAGGUCGAGCUGGCUCCCAGCUCAUCUCUUCUGUUUGGACUCCAGCUUUUGUUUAUGCACUCCAGGCUCGCCCACACUUGGAGAUUUCCGCUUUCCCUACGGAGGAAAAUCAAUCGUGCGAUGCUUGCAGACGAUCAGGGCAUCCGGCCUCUGCAGAUUUGAGGCUCAAAGGACAACCAUAUGCCCUGGAAACCUUGGAGCCUCUCAAGGACGAUGACGAUGACGAUGAAAGUGAUGAUAGUGAGGGUAGUAAGAAAUCUAAAAAGAACGAUGACGGACAGGAUCGCGAUCGAAGUGGCCAUAUCAUUCCUCCGGAGACUGUCCAUUUCUAUUUAGGAAGACAAUGCAAAAGAAGGGCCGAGCUUGCUCACACGCUCACACAUUGGCGCUUUCAUCUUAACGAAUGGGUCAUCGACCACCUGACGCAUAUGGGUCAUAUGGACGACAAUGAGAUCCUGAGACGAAACGGUCUGAGUGUGAAGCGAAGAACGCGAAAUGCGAACGACGUCCUUGACAAGAUGGUCAGUACUGGUGAAGUUGACAAGCUUUGGCGUGACUUCCAUCUGAAUCUCAAGUCUGCCCGCGAGAAAGAGUCCAUCUAUGGAUGA